CAAGCGCCUGCUGCAAUCAUCUAUCUGCUGGACAUGGCUUCUACCGGCAUCAGCAUAGCUCUUCUGAUAGUGGUUCUAGCAGUUGCCUCAGCCGCUGUCCCUGCUCAGAGGUUCCCCAGCAACCAGGAGGUUCCUACCAUCAAGGGUGUUCUGGAGGCGCUGCGCUUCGCCUUCGUCGGUUCUCCCACCUACCACGCCAAGCAGCCCUGGGACUUUGACCCGGAGGUGUCCAAGAGACGCAACCCUGGGUACGAGGCUCUCCACGGUCAUCACUCCGAGCGGCUCAUAGAGAGGCUCGGGCUAGGGGAAGAUGGUCGUGAGGAGGAGAGGAGGCAACAACAAGCCAUCCGAGACAUCGGGGUGCCGAUCACGGGGAAGCGGUGACUGGGAACGUGAAGGAAGUUGACAUGAACUGAUCAGACUGAUGCGCAAUAACUGUGUAUUUACUCUCAAUACCCGUCUCGUCCUGGGUGUCAGUUGCCAAGAAGUGAUAUAUUUUGAUGGAGGGUCUCACAUAUGUGUUCGUGUUCACAUUCGUGUGUGGAGGGCCAAUUGACUUGUUAUGAAUUUACAGUAGUCAAAAUUAUUUUUCGUCCAAUCCUGAUUGUUGAAGUUUACCAACUUUUCUUGAUUAGCUACGACCAAUCAUACAUCAUUUAGUAUGCUAUCAAUAAAGACCUAUUUGCAUA